AGGAAACUAGGUCCCCCGUUAGGUCCCGGCGCCUGCGCGCUGCGGGCUCCGGGCCUCCCGGCCUGAGGGAGAGGAACAGGGAAGAUGGCGGCUGUGGUGGAAAAUGUAGUGAAGCUCCUCGGGGAGCAGUACUACAAAGACGCCAUGGAGCAGUGCCACAAUUACAAUGCCCGCCUCUGUGCUGAGCGCAGCGUGCGCCUGCCUUUCCUGGACUCACAGACCGGAGUAGCCCAGAGCAACUGUUACAUCUGGAUGGAAAAGCGACACCGGGGUCCAGGGUUGGCCUCUGGGCAGCUGUACUCCUACCCUGCCCGGCGCUGGCGGAAAAAGCGGCGAGCCCACCCUCCUGAGGACCCAAGACUUUCUUUCCCUUCUAUUAAACCAGACACAGACCAGACCCUGAAGAAGGAGGGGAUCAUCUCUCAGGACGGUAGCAGUUUAGAGGCUCUGUUGCGCACCGACCCCCUGGAGAAGCGAGGUGCCCCUGAUCCCCGAGUUGAUGAUGACAGCCUGGGCGAGUUUCCUGUGACCAACAGUCGAGCGCGGAAGCGGAUCCUGGAACCGGAUGACUUCCUGGAUGACCUCGAUGAUGAGGACUACGAAGAAGACACUCCCAAGCGCCGGGGCAAGGGGAAAUCCAAGAGUAAAGGUGUGAGCAGUGCCCGGAAGAAGCUGGACGCUUCCAUCCUGGAGGACCGGGAUAAACCCUAUGCCUGUGACAUUUGUGGGAAACGUUACAAGAACCGGCCAGGCCUCAGCUAUCACUACGCCCACUCCCACUUGGCCGAAGAGGAGGGCGAAGACAAGGAAGACUCACAGCCGCCCACCCCGGUUUCCCAGAGGUCCGAGGAGCAGAAAUCCAAGAAGGGUCCCGAUGGAUUGGCACUGCCCAACAAUUACUGCGACUUCUGCCUGGGGGACUCGAAGAUCAACAAGAAGACAGGACAACCCGAGGAGCUAGUGUCGUGUUCCGACUGCGGUCGCUCAGGGCACCCGUCCUGCCUGCAGUUCACCCCCGUGAUGAUGGCAGCCGUGAAGACCUACCGCUGGCAGUGCAUCGAGUGCAAGUGCUGCAACAUCUGCGGCACCUCCGAGAACGACGACCAGCUGCUGUUCUGCGAUGACUGCGACCGCGGCUACCACAUGUACUGUCUCACCCCAUCCAUGUCUGAGCCUCCCGAAGGAAGCUGGAGCUGCCACUUGUGUCUGGACCUGCUGAAGGAGAAAGCCUCCAUCUACCAGAACCAGAACUCCUCUUGAUGUGGCCACUCCCCCUGUUCCCCGCCCCCACCCCCAUACAUCUAGGGCUGUUUUCUCCUCUCUUGUUUCUCAUGCCCACCUUUUCCUUCCCCCUCUCUUUCACAAGUCCAGAGAGCCGGGGGUGGUUGUGCCAACCUGCCUCUGGCAACAGUAGACUGAGGUGGCAGCUCUGCCUGCCUCCGGCCCCAGGCCCUCAGGGAGAACGGAGCAGUGUGCUGCCCCGAGGCACACCUGGGGGCCCAGCUUCCCACGGCUCUCCUUGUGCAUUCACUCUGCCUGCCUUGGGCCCCGGCCCUGGUGAUCACAGGGUUCAGACAGUGUCCACUGAGAACGAGUGGGGGAACAGCUCACUUUUCUCUGAGCUUUGCCUCCACUCUGGUCCCCAGGGUUCUCUGUUCCCCCAGAGGCGAGCCAGGCCAGGCUCUACGAGAAGUAGCUGGAAGUGAGCAACUGAGCAAACUGAGGAUGCGCUUGCAAGGAGCUUUCGUGCCCUUCCUGCUGCUUAGCCUCACCGUCUCCUUCCCCCAGGGUGGCUCUCUGUGGCCCUCUGUCCCUGCUACCCAGGAUCCUUUGCCUGAGCCAGGAUGCUCUUGGUCACCCUCUGGGCUCUGCCCUGUCCCACCCCGGAGGGAGGAGCAGCUUCACCCCGAUUCUCCUUGUGCUCACCUGGCUCGCUCUCGGGCAGUCUCCGGUGACUGCAGCGUUCCUCACCCUCGGGGUUUCCCGUCUUCUGCCUCCCUUCCUUGUUCCCUUUGGUUUUGUGGGGAGAGGGAAAGCAUCAGGGGGCCAGGCCAGCCGCUUGGGGGGGUUACAGGGAGAUGUCGGACAAUGUGCCUGUUUUUUAACUCGAUGAAAAAGCCUACCUCCAAAAUCCCCUUUUUGUUCUUCCUAGACCUGGGUAUUCAGCUCCUGCCCUUAACUGAACUGGGAGCCUCUGCCUCCUGCUCUCUGUAUCCUGGCUCUGGGUUCGUGGGGAAACCACACAGACCCCCUUUCUUCCCUUGCACGCUCACUAGCAGCUGGUAAGGUCUUCACACCCUGAUUCCUCAGUUUUCUGCCUGGUGACACUUUAAGUAGUGGGACGGACACUCCAUGCCAGGACACCCUGGAGUGGCCUUCCCAUUGGCCUUGGGCAGGCCCUAAUUCACUGUCGCUUUGGAGUUGUGUCUUUUCUUUCUUUCUUUGUUUCCUGUAUUCUAAACAUUAGUACAAAUAAACGUUUUUA